GGGACCUUGACCAAGGCUACGGCUGCGUAAAGCGAGAUAAUGAGAAUGAGGGUGUUACUCUUGGAUAGCUAGUCCCGAAAGACAUGCCGGGUGAAUAAGUUCAUCCUUUUUAAGGCUAACACGCACUAAGAAACUAGACUCCGGUCUUCGGACCUCUUCAGUUGCCCUUUCAUCUUCACGCAGGAUAUGCUAAGAAGCGUUGUAUGAUGCUCUGUCUACUCCCCCGGGAGCUCAUACUGCAUGUAGCCAGCUUUCUCCCGGAUGCUAGUCUCGCCGCGUUGAUUCAGACCCAGACGGGCGUCGCACGACUACUGACGCCAUGUCUGUACAACAAAGUGGUUCAUGAACCUCUACCCCUGGAGCCGGAGGAAAAUCCUGAUUCUGACUUGGAUGAUUUUCACACUAUUUCGACUGCCUCAGAGGUUGAAGUGCCAUCUCUCCAUUGGACUGAAUGUGUACCGCGAUGGCAUUCAAAAGUCAUACUCAAUUAUCUCCAAUCGCAAUCUCAAGAUGUACUAUCGCGGUGCGGAACCCCUCGAUCGAGUCUCCUGCACCUAGCUGCCCAGGGUGGAAAUAUUGAUCUAGUCGAGGUACUCGUGUCAAAGGGGAUGGAUAUUGACAGGUGCCAUGACGGAUACAGCCCUCUCGCCAGAGCCAUGCAAUUUGGCCGGGAGGAAAUGGCCCUCUGGCUGAUCGCCCACGGCGCCAAUGUCACCGAAUGGCUCAUGGGAACUGGUUUGACGAUCCUCAGCCUAGCUGCUGGAUUCUGUUGUGCAACUGUUGUCCGCAAAGUCGUCGAUAUUGUUCGGGCCAAAGUCGGUGCAACCGGAGAUAUAUUCGCCCCCGCCGAUGAUGUCUUGGUCCUGCACCGUGCAAUUUCAAAAGGAGAUGUUGACUCUGUCCGCAUUCUACUUGAAAACGGGGCUGAUCCUUCCGGGUGGGAUAUACACGGUCAAUCGGCAUUGACACUCGCUACGGCAAAUGGCAACGAGGAGAUAGUCACGAUGCUUCUGGAUCGUGGUGCAAAUCCUUUACCUCAUGAUGCCGUGGAACGAUCUGCGUUGGGGUGUGCUGCCUGCUCACCAAAGCUGAGCUGGGAGACGGUAGAGCGGAUUUUCCACGCGUAUCGAAAUGCAGGCGGGGAUAUCAAUAGCACACAUGUUACCAUUCCGGAGUUUGUUGGCGGAGCACCUAGACCUCUUGAGAGACUGCCACUGCAUCAGUUUGCUGGUGGCGGGUCGGUACAGGGGGUAAAGUUACUCCUGCGCUAUGGUGCGAAGGUCUCCAUAAAAGGGCGAAAUGGGAUGACGGCACUGCACGCGGCUUUGUUCGGCUAUCGGUAUAAUCGGGAUACAUACCAAAGCAUUUAUGAGAUUUGCCAGAUGCUGGUUGAAGCUGCUGUUCGGUCGGGCGAAGAUUUAAAUAACCAAAUGACCCCGUAUGCUUCCUUCAUGCGAAUGAGAGGUGCCACGGCAUUGCACAUGGCUGUAGUUUGUGAAGCAGAGGAAGUUGUUCGCUUACUGCUGGAAAAUGGGGCAGAUGUGAUGAUACUUGAUGAGGAGGGAAAGACCGCGUUGGAUCUCGCUAAAGGAUUGCGCAACCAGCCAAUUAUUGAUCUGCUAGCGUCGAAUGAUAGAUGAAAGUGUACACAAUAUUGUAUCUUAUUCUUGAUCCUUUUCAUGUAAGGCAUAGUGGAAGGAUUAUUCUCGAAUAGCCAUGUCCUCGUGAUCUCCAGCCCUAGUGGCACAGCCGUCCCUGUACCAACCGUAGUGACACAUGCUCUCGAGCCAAUCAUGAUGUUCCUGUCGACAUUC